UGUGGUCCUGACAUAAUGACCACGCCUUCCAACGAAGAUUCCGGCGAUGGAAUAUGCCAAACUGUGGAGAACAUAGCAAACAACUUUAUUUCUCAACAUCAUGAUAACAGUCUAAGCCCUCUCAGGCUUGCCAAUAUCUCCAUUUCCGAGUUUUCGACCGAAUUGUCGAACCAUUUGUCAGUAUUAAACGAAGGUGGCAGUAUUGCCUUUGGCCGUGGAGAGGAUUUGACUAGCAAGAGCCUGAGCAAGAGCCUAGAGAGCCUUUUCUCUACUGCCACACCGCCCGUGAGGGAAGGACCACCGUUGACCUGGACGAAGCUUGUUCUGGUUGCGGGUCCCCAGUUUGAGGGCCUAGCGCAUCUUAAGAUUGGGAAUUCUAGCGUUGAGCUAUCAGAAAAUGAUCUCCAACUAUUACGAUCUGGUAGGCCAUGGCGAUUUCUCUUCCCUUGGCCAGAUAAAGACGAUUGCAAGAAGGAGCUCCAGUCAAACGACACGGUAUUGCAGGAGCUUGUUGAUGCUCGGAAAGCAAUAGGGGAAGUCUUGGAACAAAUUUCGCUUGUUGCGCGAAGUCUCCGGAACCACCGCGAUCUGAUCUCUCGACUUUCUGAAAAUAAGCAACACGCCAACCACGGGGGAGGAGCUUUAUCAUUUGACAGUGCUCAAUUUUCUGUUCCAAAUGAAAACCUUUUUAGCCCUGUUGCCUCGGCAGAAUAUGAAAGCUCGGGUUAUCGGAAUUCACCAUCCAACACUACGACUGUCCAGCAUGCUAGCAAUGCCCGGUCGGGUCAAACGGUUAAUGAAGAACUGAAUGAUCCAGCUCUACCAGAAGGUGACAGUGAGAACACUGCAAGACCAGGAUUCAGGCUACACACAUCCGACUUCAUUCAGAGCCUGAGCGACAUCCUUGAUGAUUCGACGAAUGGGGAGGCAAUGCGUUGGUCAGAAAAUGGGCAAUCUGUCUUCGUCGCCCCAGAAAGCAAAUUUCCUGCGCAUAUACUUUCAAGGUUGUCCUCUAAAAGCUACCAAUCUCUCGUUCGGCGGCUUUAUUACUUUGGAUUUCAUAAGGUCGGGGGCGCUUUCCAUCAUGAAUCCUUUAGUCGCGGUCAGCCCAGCUCCAUACGACCGACUCGGGAAAUGAGCCACAGCCCUUCACUUCCAUCGGCUUUACCCAAUAGCACUUCUCAACGUGGGCCUCGGUACAAAAUCAUCAAAAGAAGGCGGACGAGAGAAAUUGUUUGA